GGGCGUCCAUGACCAACUCCGGGGCCUGGUGGACGGCGGAGCGCGUGGCCAGCUGCUGCGGCUGACCAGCCCCAUGGAGAGGGCCGUCUGGCUGGUGGACUACUUCCGAGAUGCGGGGCCUGUGGCGUGUGGACGGUUCCUUGAGACUGUGUGCAUGUGCUGCGAGAACAUGCCCAUGUUCCUGGAGUCGCAGCUCCUUUCAGUCUCUGGGUCCAUGACAGGUGACGUUGAGAAUCAACAUCAAGCUGAGAGGUCAACCACUGCACCAAUCCGUGUGAAGCGUCCACGACUAGACCAUGUGCAUAGCUACGCUGGGGCCACUAAGUCAUUACUGCUGCAAAAACACGAAACCAUCACAAAGAAUGUCAUCAGCGCGGUGUGUCUGGAUGAGACGUGGGUCAGCCUGCGACGCAGGAACGUCCCUCGAGGGCGAGAAAAAACAGCUAGAGCACACGUCGCAACCCCCGGCUCUCCCGACCUCCAGGACGCGGAAGAGGGUGGCGUUGAGGACAGGGUGGCGGUGACGUCCCUCCUGAGGACUGCUGGGCAGGCGACGGUGCUGCUGGGGGCGGCGGGCUCAGGGAAGACCCUGCUGAUGUACAGCCUAGGACAGCUCUGGGCCCAGGGCGCCUACCCAGCCCUCAAGCUGUUCUUCCUACUGGAGUUCCGCCAGCUCAACUCCGUCUCCCGCCCGCUCUCUCUCAAAGACCUCCUCUUCCGCUUCUUCCUCCCCGCUGACAGCGACGAGCAGGCCGAGGCCGUGCUUGACUAUGUCAUCUCCAACCCGGAGAAGGUGUGCUUCAUAUUUGAUGGCUACGAUGAAUUUUGGGGCAAGUUCACCAACGAUGGUGUUCUCCAGGACCCCUUUGACCCACACCGCCCCCUCCCCAUGGCAGAGCUCCUGUCUGGACUCUGCGGGCAGAAGAUCCUGCCCUGGUGCACCCUGCUGGUCACUUGCAGGCCCCGUGACGUGGCCGACCUGUUUGAAGGCUCAGGCUACCUCAUUGGGGAGCUUCUGGGCUUUGACCUGGAGCGCAUCCGGGAGUACGCGCGGCGGUACUUCUGGGAGCGGGACGAGGCGCUGAAGGAGCGGGCCGUAAGUCACCUGACCUCGAACCGCCUCCUGCUCCCCAUGUGCCACGUACCGGCGCUCUGCCUCAUCUGCUGUGUGUGUCUGGACCACCUCUUCUCCAGGGAGGGCCUCGACACGACCUCGGUGCUCCCUGCCACCCUCACGCAGAUCUACUUCCAGGUCCUUGCUGCAUUCCUGAGCCGACACACUGGCGGAGAGGCGUCCGCACAGCAGGGAAGUGUCACACACGCCCUGGACAACCACGGUCCUCCGAUCCGAGAGCUGGGCCGUCUGGCCCUGGAGGGGCUCGACCAGAGCCGGAUCGUGUUCCCUGUGGAGAGACUCCAGCCGGACCUGAUAGAGUUUGGCACCCGCACUGGUCUCCUCUGCCCGGUGGACCUGAGACUGGAGGAUGGGGUGAGGCAGCCGGGGGUGUCCUUCAUGCACCUCACCAUGCAGGAGUUUCUCGCUGGGCUCCACCUCAUGACAAGCGCAGAGGUCUCAGACGCUCAGUUCAAGAAGAAACUGACCCUCAAAACUCGCUGGACGUCCAAAAACGAGCCCAAAACCAUCUUCACCGACUCUCUCCAGCUCUACCUGUGCGGCUUCCUCGCAUCCGCCUGUACCCCCUACCUGAUCCAGCUGGCUAAUGGUGGUGGCAAGCACGUGGUCCAGAAGCGGCAGUCUCACGUGGUGAGGGUUCUGGAGAACUUUGCGGGCAGCGCCAGCCUGACUGGGCCCAAGGUGGUGGAGCUGUGCCGCUGCGCUCACGAGUCGCAGGACGUGCAGCUGGCAGCGAAGGUUGGCUCCCGGAAGUGCUUUGAGCUGAGGAACAUCAGGGUGACCCCAAUUGACCUGGAGGUCCUGGCCUUUGUGGUGUCGGCCGCCGAGGAGAGCGUCACUCUGGACUUUGGAGGCUGCUCCAUGGACCCCGGGUGUCUGGACCUGCUGGAUGGCUGCAGGAACGUUGAGGCGCUCAUUUUUCACAGCCGAAAGUAUAAUGAUGUCUUUGCUGAGGCUCUGUCUGCUGUCGUUCCAAAACUCCAAAGGCUGAAGCGACUACAAUUUGCAAAUGCCAAGCUAACUGAUGUUGGAGCUGCUAAACUGGUUCAGGCCUUGGAGAAAUGCCCACUGAUUGAACAUGUGGACCUCAGCAACAACAACAUAACAGACCGGGGUCUGGAGAAGCUAGUGGACAGUUUCCCCAAGCUCUCUAACCUGGCAACAGUUUUGCUGGGGAGGAAUACUUAUACCCGCAGCCGACUGGUCAAACUUGUUGAGAAAGUGCUGACCUGUGAAACUCUUCAUCUUGUGCUUGUGAAGGGAGCGAUUGAAAAGACAAAUGAAGGACAGGAAUUCAACCUCCAUUUUAUGAGCAGGCAAAGUGUGAACAACUUCAAAAAUCAUAAUCAGGACAGUGAGACUUCAAAGACUCUUGUCUGGACGAAUGAUAACCUCAGUGUGACCCGUCUGAAGGCCUUGUGUGAGGCACUGAAGAGCUGCCCCAGCUUGACCAAGCUUGACCUGUCCAGGAACGCGCUGGGGAAUCAAGGAGUGAAGAAACUGCUUGCGCUCUUGCCAACCCUGGAGACCAUUCAGGAAGUGAUUGUCAGUAAGAAUGGCGUGGACAUGGACGGUAUGGUGCUCAUCGCUAACCUGCUCUCCACCUGUGAUCGUCUGAUCCAAGUGGAUGCCAGCCACUGCGGAGAGGAAAAACUCGUCUUGAAGUUUCUUCCGAGUAAAAGCAACCUGACCACAUCGCCUAGGCAGACCCGAUCCCAAAUGCAGAAGAGCCUUGCCGACAGCAGCGCUGAACAGCACAGGGAUCAGUUAAAGAAGACAUUCAGUCUGACGCACAGCAACAUCCAGCCGGCCAAAAUGGACACACUUUGCCUUAAACUGGGGCAGUUUCCUGGCGUGCUGGAUUUAGACCUCUCUUUUGGGACGUUUGACGACAGUACCAUCUAUAAGCUGAUGGAGAACCUUCCUAGCAUGAUGUGUCUUCAGCUGCUGAGGAUAAGUCAUGUCCAGAUGUCCACAGGCGGGGCCCUGAUGUUGGUCCGGUCCCUGGCUGACUGCCCGCGGGUCAAAGCAGUGGAGCUCAGGCCCCGAGGAGAAGCCUUCAUCAAGUUUGAGGAGGUGAAAGCAGAGUACACCACCUGCAGGCUUAGUCAGUGUAAGCUGACGCGCGAGGAUGUAGAAGAACUUUCUGGAAUCCUGGAGCACUGUACUCGUCUCUCUGACCUUGAUUUGUCCAGUAACCUCCUGAGAGAUGACGGUGUGCAAGUCUUAAUGGGCCGGCUCCCAAAGCUGCAGAUUGGAAACUCCGUGAAUUUGAAUGACAACAGGCUCACUGCAGCUGGCGCUCUGCACCUGGUCAACUCCAUCAACACCUGUGAGAGAGUGGUGGCAGUGGCAGUCAGUCUGGGGGCUGAGGAGAAGUGUCUCAUCCGCUUCAUGCAGGAGAGCGUGCAGGAGAAGAGCCUAAGUCUGAGAGAAUGCAACUUCAGAGCUGAGCAUCUGCAGAAACUUAUGGACAUCCUCUGCAAAUGCCACAAACUGGUCAAACUAGAACUGCUGUGUAAUACCCUGCACAGUGGAAGCCUGAGCAUACUGAACAACCUGGCCCAACUGUCCUCACUGCAGAGCCUUGAAAUGAAGAGGAAUGGAUUGGGUUCUGAGGAGAUAGAGGAGUUCUUCCAACACAUGAGCCAGCAUCAACCCCAGUGGACUAUCAGGAUUGAGGAGGAGUGGAUGAGAGAAGAGGCAGUGGUUGUCCUUGUAGCCGGCUGCCUAAAUGUGAACGCCAACAUUCAGGAGAUUGGGGUUACCAACAGUCUCUUGACAGUGUCUUUGACAAGGAAUGCCCAUCUCGCAAAUCACAGUGGUAACCGUGGUAACUCUGUGGGCACUGCCUCUUCCUUGAAGUCUGUCAGAUUUGCCAACAGUGAAAUAAAGGGCCACCAUCUCCUCCUCCUCCAGCCGGUGCUCUCCGCCUCUGCACUACUGCAGGAGAUUGAUCUGUCUCUCAACAGAUUUGGGAGAGAGGGAGCAGACUUCAUUUCUACCCUACCAGAUCUCGUGAACCUGAGAAAACUCAGCCUUCAUACUAAACAUUCCACUGAGGAUGAGGUGUUCAUGAUCAUCGCUGCAUUGCGGAGAUGUCCAAAUCUUGAGAGUAUUUCUUUGAGUGGCUAUACAAUCAGUGACGAGGAAGCAGUGGAGCUCGGAAGAACUUUCCCCAGUCUGCCUCAUCUCCAGUCCAUCAGCCUGUCUGAGUGUUUUGGCUGGUCGCCGCAAGGAGCUGUGGACCUGGUCAUGGGCAUUGCUCAGUGCUCGCCACUAGAGGGCGUCAGGCUGGACCGUCUCGAGUUGGAUAAGGACGCGGUGAGCUGUCUGGCCCAAGGACUUCAGCAGAUGACCUCUUUAAGGUCUCUGAGACUGAAUCAUAUUUCCAUGACAACCUCUACACCUGAGGAGGAGGACUUCACUGUUCAGUCUCUUAUGCUGUCACUGCAAGGGCGUACUGGGAUAGAACAGAUUGAGUUAGAGGGCCUGAGGUUAGGUGACUGUGGUGUACAGACGCUGAUUCAACACAUCCCCACCUGGACAAAGCUUAGACAGAUAAGCCUGGCAGAGCCAUGCAGUGGCAUGAGUGACAGCACUGGGGAGAGGUUGGUGCAGACGCUGGCUCAGUGCACAGCACUGGAGGAGCUAAAUCUCCGUAAGAACAGCCUGGGCUCUGCAUCUGCAGCCAAACUGGGCAAAGUCCUGAGUGGUCUCCCACGCCUUAGGGUCCUCAAUCUCUCGGAGAACCACUUCACUGCUGAUGAUGCUGUGAGCCUGUCUGCAGGACUGACACAUCUCAAGUACCUGACCAAACUACAGUUAAUUGCCAUCGGGACAUCUGAACUUUCUAGCGUGGCUGACUCCUUAAGACACUGCGUCAACAUUGAAGAUGUCAGUUUGGCAUGGAACAGCUGUGGUAAUGAGGUGGCUGUGAUGCUGGCUGAGGUUAUGUCCAAGUGUGUGAAGUUGAGGCGGCUCGAUUUGGAGAGUAACAGAAUCAGUAUGGAAGGAGCCAGAGUUCUGGCAGAGAGCCUGCGAUUCUCCUUCACCAUUGAGGUUGUGAGGUAAGCUCUUCCUGAUGUGCUUUAUAUCACAGUCAGUGAUGUUAAUUCACCAUAUAUAUGGAUAUAAAUAGGGUUAUUCAAUAUCUGCUUUUCAAUAUCUGCUUUUCAUGUUCCUACUGAUAUACCUUUCUUAGGUCCUUCUAUAAUAUUAUGUUACAUAGUAUUCAAUGCUUAAUCACCAUAGCUGUAUGCAUAAGUAUUUCAAUCUAUAUCUGUUUUUAAUUUCUUACACACAUUGAUUAUUAUUAGGGCUGUCAAUAGA